GGCCGGGGCCGGGCGCGGACCAUGCCGGGGCGCGGCGCGCAGAGCUGAGCGGAGCGGAGCGGAGCGGAGCAGAGCGGAGCUGCGGGGAUGAGCGCCUCGGCGGCCACCGGCGUCUUCGUCCUGUCCCUCACCGCCAUCCCCGUCACCUACCUCUUCAACUGCCUGGCCGCCACCAGCGGUUCCUGGGCAAUUGUGGCAGUUGGAUCACUGGUUCUGAUCUUUGUAGCUGUAGUGGCUCGUAUUCUGGUCAAAAGAAAACCACCCAAAGACCCACUGUUUUAUGUUUAUGCCGUAUUUUCCUUUACCAGUGUAGUGAACCUUAUAAUAGGACUUGAACAGGAUGGAAUUAUUGAUGGAUUCAUGACCUAUUACUUAAAAGAGGGUGAGCCAUAUCUGAACACAGCCCAUGGCCAUGUGAUCUGCUAUUGGGAUGGCUCUGCUCAUUACCUGAUGUAUCUUUUAAUGGUGGCAGCUAUUGCAUGGGAAGAGAGUUACAGAACCAUUGGCCUGUACUGGUUAGGAUCCAUUGUCAUGAGUAUCAUUGUCUUUAUGCCUGGAAAUAUUGUGGGGAAAUAUGGAACAAGGCUGUGUCCUGCUUUUUUCUUAAACAUACCAUAUAUUUGUCUUCCUAUAUGGGCUGGGUUCAGAAUCUACAGUCAACCUUCAGUGACUCACAACACUCCAGUAAAGGUGGUUCAGGAAGUCCAGAAGAAAGGACUACUAAAAAGACCAAUAGACCUAAUGUUGGCUAUAUACCUCAUCCCAGCAACUGGGUUUUGCAUAUUUAGGGGCAUGAUUGCUUUGGAUUGUCCUGCUGAACUCUGCCGGUCAUAUAUUCAGCUUCAUGAGCCCUAUAUCAAAGAUCCUGCUGCCUAUCCCAAACUUCAGAUGCUGGCAUACAUGUUCUACUCUGUGCCAUAUUACGUGAUCACGCUGUAUGGCCUAGUGGUGCCUGGUUGUUCCUGGAUGCCCGAUGUCACCCUUAUACAUGCUGGAGGAUUAGCCCAGAGUCUAGAGUGAAAUCUUGACACAAAGGAAGGAAAAAAUCCUCUCCUGUGAAUUGAGUUUCUGCAAUGGCAGUCUGGAAUGACAGAAUUCCUUUGGAGGUCCUUGCCCCUGGCCACUGCUCCUUCUCUGAGCUGCCUGCUGCCAGAAAUGCUCUUUACAGGUUAUGAGAAGACAGAUAGGAUGGAAAUACAUUUUUGUGAAUAAUAAAAAUACAGUAGCUGAAGUUGCAUAAUAAAAACUAGAUGAAAUUUAUAGUCCGUUUUGAUUCAAGGGAGAAGCUGCCAAGCACUAAAGCCCAGGCCCUGAAAGGGAUGUAUGUGCCUUGCUCUCUGAAUAACCAUGAAAAUUUGGGCCUGUGUCUCAGGAAAGAAAUUCUCCCAGAGCUCCUUCUUACAAGGACUGUAUGUUGUCUGUGCAGCAAAGGGUACUAAUCACCAUCAGAGACAAAACACAGGAUCAGUGGGACAAUUGGUCUAACUUUGUGUGGCAAUUUCGAUGUUCUUCCACAUGAUACCCCAACCCCACCACCAGAGUGCUUACCCGGACCUCUGGAUACUAGAGUCAGGCCAGAAGUGCCAAGACAGACAGGGCACCAUUAGAAGCCAAACUCUUACUCCUUCCUCCCCCUGCUGCUGGCUGUUUCAGGUUCUGUGCCAGGAGGUCCUUGCCCCUGGCCACUGCUCCUUCUCUGAGCUGCCCGCUGCGGGUAGUUCCAUUGGAGGAAAAGGGUGGGUCCCUGCAGCAAUGGGCAAUUGGGUGAAGCUGCCAGAUAGGGGAAGGGCUCUCCUCUGGGACUCGGGGUGGUACUAGCAGUCUGCAGGAAACAGACUGAACUGCUAGGCUCUUACAACGUGGUUUACAGUGUGCUACUGAGCUUCUGCUUGGUGUAUUACAGAUAUUCACAGGAACACCUGAACAGCCACUCUGCUCAAGUGUGUUUGCACUUGAUUCUUUUGACUGCUCUGCUUCCUGAGAAAGGCUUGCUAGAGCAGCUGUCCUCUGGGCACUGGGGUGGCAGGGAUUACUGAGAAAUCCCCUUUUGGGGGUAUAUCACAACAAUGCACAUGCUGCAUUUGUCUCUCUUCUUUCUACUUCGCUAGCCAUGGACAACAUUCUGCUUGUUGUGAUCCCUAGAUAACCCCUAUCAAAGCCUACAGAGAGCAGGAUUUGGCUUAUAGUCUACUUUACCGCAUUGCUAAAUUCCUUCUGAACCUUUCUCUUAAUCUCCUCAAAGUCAAGCUAGCAAUUAUUUUCUCAGGUUCCUCUUACUGGAAAAAAAAAAUCAUAGAAUUGGACAUAUGAUAGUUAAUGUAAAUGAGCUGUUGCUUGAAAUAGCUGAUAACAGAUGGAGACAAAAGACAGCAACUAUCCCAAGUGCUUCUAUCUUUAAAUGUUUGUUUAUGCUAAAAAUAUGCUGCAGCUCAGUGUGCUUCCCUUUGCACAUAACCAUCACUGUAAAUUUAACCUAUGCUGCAGAAAACUCUUAGCUCAGUGCUUCGCACAAGCUUGAUCUGGCAAACUGCUACUGAAGACAGCAGAGUAAAAUCUGCAUAGCAUCAUCAAAAGAAAUUUGUUUAGCUCCCCACUUCUUGUCUUUUCUAACACUUUGAUACAAAUUAAAGGUUAGGCCCUGCCUGCUCAGGUUAGCAUCAGUAGCAGCACUCCCAUGCAUGUGGAACUACAAAUGACCUCAGAUCAGGACUAAGUGUGUGUGUUGAAAAAAAAUGUUGUUUGGUGACGCGUGCAUGUAAAAAUAGUAAUGCAGGUUAUGCUGUUAUUCAAUCUUACCCAUUCUUAUGUGUAUAUAUACACAUCACAGGCUCAAUUUUCCCAUAUUGGUGCUUCUCUUCAUGCUCGAACUCCUUACGUCUACCGUGUCCCCGAAGAAGCAAAACUGUUUUUUCUAGCACU